AUGCCUUUCGCGACCCUCUACCUCGAGACACCCCGCGCGGUCCGAAAGCUCUGCUCGAUGCGCCCAGCGGACCUCGAGGGGGCGGUUAUCCUAUGGAGUUUCGAGGCAGGGGUCGUGGGAGGGGCAGAGGUCGGCGAGACGAUAGCCGAGACCGCGGAAGAGAUCGGGACUUCGAAGUCAGGGACCGGAGAGACGCUCCCUUUCGAGAUGAACGAAGCCGGGAACCGGAGCGUGGAGAAUGGCGAGACCGCGACAGGGACAGCUUCAGAGUUCGGCGAAUUUCACCACACGGACGGUCACCACCCGGCAGAGAAUAUCGAGACACGAGAGACUUGCGAGAUGGACCGUUGUGCGUUGACGCCGAACGAGCUCGACGUGAAUCGCGGGAUGGUCCACUUUCUGCAGGAUCUUCUUCUUCUGAUCCUCCAUUUGGGCAUUCCGUAUACCGUGGCGGGUAUCGAGGCCGCGGGAGGGGUUGGGACCGGGGCCGCGGGCGAGGCUCUUACGAUGAUCGCGACAGAAAGGGACGACCGAGACCGGGAUAAUAGAUAUGUUGACACCGACUUACGCUCGCGGGACACUCGGGACGAUCGCGACCCUCGAAGUCGCGAGACGCGACCGAAACUCGAAAGGAUUUCCCUCGAACCUCCACCAUCGACAAAGGAUGUUUCACCUCCGCCUGUAGCCCCAGCUGCGCCGUCUUUCGGCUCUGUGCCGAACAGAACGGCCGCGGCGACUGACAUUGGGUCGGCCACCGGCAAGGCACCACCAACGGGACCAAGGGCCCUGAAGGAAGAGCGUCCGGCUCCCCUCACAGUCUCUCCGAUUGUGGAAACGAGACCACCGCCGACUGGUCCCUCUAAGCCGUCCUUUAUGGAAAGAAGCCCGCCUAUCCCCUCUGGUCCACGGUCCACGCGCGCCGGUGCGUCCAGUAAACAAUGGAUUAACCCUAAUCUGAAGAAUCGUAUCCCCGAGUCGCCGAAGCUCGGGAGGUCCGAGAGCUUUGUCCCAAACCCUCGACCGACAGGCUUUCGACAGGAGGGUAUCUAUCCUGACCAGCAAGCAAACCCUAGCCAACGGCCACGCAGUAGUGGUGCACAGGCCGACUCCCAGAUGUCGUCUAUGGACGGCCAUCUUCGCGAUCCACGCGAAUUACACAUUGCAGAGUCGGGUCAAGAUACCUCCGUUCCGAGGCCUCGAUCUGCUGGCUCGUCUGUGGAGCGAGACUAUAAGCUUAAAGACGAACCCGAACCCGGCUUGGUGAUAGAGAAAGCCCUGCCACAACGUGCUGACAAUCCUGUCGCCCAGGCCUCUUCCCCUCAUAAGGAUGUUCCAGCUGGACCUCAAGAGGCAGACGGGAAACUCGACCGACGUCCUAUGGUUGACGUACCAUCGAUACAUCUGUCUUUUCCCCAAAAACAAGCUACGCAGCUUCUCACAGACCCGUCUUCUGAAUCGGAUGAUGAUGAGGAAUUCGGGGACGUUAUUGAAUCUGAGAUGGGCGAGGUUGAGAGUAAGCUGAAGCAAUUCGACGGGCUCGAGGAUGCCGUCCCAGUAGGUGCUGCAAGCCGGUAUGCUGCACUUGCCGUCAAAGCUGUCACCAAAAUCGUCAUCGAAAGCGAAGGUCUGGAAGCUAUGAUCGGACCUAUUCCUGACGCAGCUAGAAUUCCCGGGAAGACACCAGCGAAGCCUGAUCCUCAACUGGAGCAAAAUCUCACGCUUGAUGAUAUCCCUGUGCAAGAUGAUGCCGAACAGGCUGUGAAGGCAAAGACUGCCUCCGCCACGGUUGUCAGAAGGCCUCUUGAAACUACAAUUGAUAGCGCAGGGCUUCAGCCAUCCAUUGAGCAAGAUAUUGAUAUACCAGCAGCUCCUCAAGCACCGGUUCGCGAAAAGAAACCAAUCAACGAUGACGGAGAUGUACCUAUGGAGGAUGUCUUGGAAGGCCAAAUGGAGGCGGAAGUACGACCACCGACAAACACAGAAUUGCCGGUCUCUGGUGGUGGAGAAUCACUAUUCCCACCCUUCGAAGAGGCCCAAAUCCAGUCUAGAGAUGCAAGUAAACGGGCGUCGAGCACGCCAUCUCCUCCAGAGGAUGACGACGAGACAGAUAUUGAAGACGUCGAUCUCCAGAGUAUCGAGAUCGUUCGCGAAUAUGGAGCCACGCCACCUCUCGACAGUCUGCCAUUCUUCGAUGUGAAGCCUUGGUACCGAGAUCCAACUUUUCUCGAAUCCAUGGACGCCCCAGAGCCGAGCCUGAAUGAUUUCAUUCUAGCAAAGAUGGAAGACGAUACCAGUCAUCGUCUGAUGGAAGAGACCCAGUUGAAACGGGUAUAUCAAGGCAACUACGAUGCAUAUCUGAGGUUCACCAUGUCGGACGAUCCAGUCGCCGCCAAGAGCCGCGAAAAAUUCAACUAUGUUCCGGGUGCGAUCGAAACCAAUGGUCAGAAGCCUGGUUUCAAUGCGGAGCCUAAGCCAGAAUCGACGUCAAGGCGUAGCAGAUAUGCAUCUGAGCGGGACCUGGAAAGAAUCCUAGAAGAGUCACGGCGGGUAGAGGAUGAAAAGCGUGAACGCCAAUUGCGAGCCGAGAAAGAGAAGUACAGGACUGAUAAGGAAGCGUCUUUGCCUGCUCAAUAUCAAACGCCGCAAGAGAUCGAGAACGACUUCUACAGCGAUUCGACGGGCCGCGUACAACCUGAGAAGAUCGUCGCAGCGUGGGAGGUUCUACCACCGGUGGACAACUUCACGGAGGAAGAGACCGUUGUGUUUGAAAAGGCUUACCUCGAGAACCCCAAGCAGUGGGGGCGCGUUUCCGAACCGUUGCAAAACAGGGACUUCGGGACGUGUAUACAGUUCUACUACCUCAAAAAGGAGAAGGACGAACUCAAUCUCAAGGAGAAGCUGAAGAAGCAGCCCAAGAAGAAGAAAAAGAAAGGAGGCAAGCAGCGCUCAAGUGCUCUUGUUUCGGAACUUCGGAUUGGAGACAACGACAAUGAAGAGGCACCGGAGACGGGUGAAAAUGGUGAAAGACGGCGGCCUCGUAGGGCGGCUGCCCCUACUUUCAACUCAGAAGCCACUCCUGCCACCGACGUCGAGGGCGGCACCCCUGCUGGAACCCCAGGUCGUAGAGGUGCAGCGGCUGCAAAGACCGAGGGAGGCACCGAUAAACAGGAACGCAAGCCUAGGGGGCGGCGAGCCAAGGAGAAGGAGCCGAAGCAGCCAAGAAUCAACCAGACUCUUGCUGCUGCACCACCUGCUGGAGCCAAGGGGGGUCGCUCACGAUCCAGUUCUAGGGUUCAGGGCCCUGACUGGGGACUUCAGCCACCGCAGGAUAACAUGCCUCGUCUUCCGUCCCAGUAUGAGAUGGUCCCGAGCCCAAUACCCGCGAACACAAUACCAACUCCUCCUGUCAUUAUGCAGGCUCCUUUUCAGGCAACGGCUCCGGUGCUCAGCCCCGAGAGAAUUUCUCAAGGCCCGCUGGCUGAAGUUAUGGCCCCACCACCGUUACGUCCGGAACCGCCGCCACCACAGCCUACAGUAGCGACGCUCGAUCUGGGAACAACGGUGCUCUCGGAUCGGAAAUCUGGUGGACAGGCGUCAAGUUAUUGGAGUGUGCCGGAAGCCACCGACUUCCCCUCAUUGCUUCGAUCCUUUGGCAGCGAUUGGGCGGCUAUUGCAGGGCACAUGAGGACGAAAACUACCGUGAUGGUCAAAAACUACUAUACGCGUAGAAAGGAGAGCAACGACUGGGAGGUGAUCGUGCUAGAGGCUGACGCCAGAAAAUCACGUGGGGAGAAGAGACCUGCACCCCCGGCGCCACCUUCGGGUGUCAAGAAACGCUACGAUACGUCGGGCAAUCGACCGCUCGCAGCUGCAGACACGAUCAUGGAAGAAGCACCCCCGACCAAGAUGGAGCACCCCCCACCACCACAACAGGCAAUGACAGAUCGGUUCAACAUUCCGAUAGCAGCUCAGCCACAGCCACAGCCGUCCGUCGUGCAGUCACCCUUCGUCCAGAUACCUCAACCCCCGCCGCUCAUGCAGGGUCAUACGGUAUCUCAACCAGUCUCGCAGACAAUGUCACCAGUCACGCAGCCCUUGAGAGCUCCAUUGCCCUUUUCUGAACGAGAGCGCGAGCCAUUCCCUCAGCACCCCAGCCGUACCCCGUUGGUUCAGAAACCUACGCCGCCGGCAAUGCCACCUGUAUCUGAGCCGCCCACUAGACGCCCGUUGCCUGGAUCCUUCGUGGAGACUCAAGCCGAUCGGCCUAAGGUUGAGAACAAACCUCCCAAGGAAAUGGGCCGACACCAAGAACGGCAACAGAUGCGCGUGAAGCAAGAGCCUGAAGUGAUGCAACAUGACUUUUUCGUCCCACAUGCUCAGGCUCAAGCUCAGGCCCAUAUUCAGGCUCAAGCUCAAGCGCAAGCCCAGGCUCAGGCGCAGGUGCAGGCUAGUCGCAUGGCGGCGCCCUCACGUGCAGAGAACGUCCCCCUAUCCAGGCCUCCGGAAGCUCCUCGAGCGGUAGCGCCGGCACCCCAAGCACCCUUCGCAGCUGUGAUUCAACAGCAGCAACCUGGCAGAGGCUUGUUGGGCGAGACCAACCCAUUAUCCCCAAUACCUCCACGUCCGCUGUCAGGUCUAUCUCGGCCGAUGUCUGGUGCCAGUGGCGGAGCCGAUCCCUACAGCACCCCGCCCACGCAGCGUACUCCACCUGCAGUCGCUCCUACGCCGCCCCGUCCGCAAGAGCGCAAGACCUCGAACUUGAUGGCGCUUCUGAACGACGAUCCACCGCCUCCUCCCAAGAGAGUGGCCGAAGUGCCCACGGCAAACAAACCGUCGUCUACACCUCCACCUCAGAGCAAUCCUUCCCGUCCUCCACCCCCCCCGCCUCCGCCCUCUCAUGUCCGUCGCGAAUCAGCCAUGCCAGAGCCUCAGCCUUAUGGGUACGGACGUAAUCCACCGCCAGCGCCGCCGCCAUCUUCAAUGUCUGCGCUGAAGCCAUACACCGCUGCGUCGCCCCAGACCCAGCCUCUGAGCGCACCUCGGCACAUGUCUAUGGAGACGGCAGUUGAGCGGGACUACUACGGUGGUCGUCCACGCCCCUUCUCCACGCCACAGCCUUCCUCGGCCAAUUCGCCCCAGACUGCUCAUCAUUACCCACCACCAAUGCCGCAUCCCCUCCGCCUGCGUACCAAGGCCAUUCUUCUGCACCCAGGGGUCGCGAGCCCCCACCAAGCCGAGACACUGGCUGGCCCGGCGGACAUCAGGGUCAUCAUUCUCUUCAGCAGCAACAUCAACAGCACCAAGCUCAGCAUCAAGCUCAGCAUCAGGCUCAGCAGCAUCAGGCUCAGCAGCAUCAAGCCCAGCAGCAUCAAGUUCAACAUCAAGCCCAGCAGCAUCAAGCCCAGCAUCAAGUACAGCAACACCAAGUGCAGCAUCAAGUGCAACAUCAAGCGCAGCAACGUCCGCAUCAAGCGCAGCAGCACCAGCAUCAAGCGCAACAACACCAGCACCAAGCACAGCACCAGUUGCAGCAUCAAGCACAGCCUACGUGGGCUUCACAUCCGCCGCAGCCACCGAAGUCAACACAACCUCCGCCGACACAGUCCCCUUGGGCUGCACAACACGCACCUGCUCCUAAACCUCCCCCGCCUAGCAGUUCCGUACCCCCACAGCCUUCAUGGGCUAGUGCACCUCCGCCACCGCGGGGACAUGAUCCCAUGGCACUACGCGAUGUUCGGGAUGUCUAUCCACCGCAGAGAAUGCAGCCUCCAAUGCAGAGCUCAUACCCUGCUUCUUCGCGAGCCCCUGAGCCACCGCCUCCGCAAGCCGCAGCCGGAUACCCUCGUUACGCCAACACACCGGUACCGGGUCGGGAUCCCCGCGACCCCGGUCCCCCGAGGAGUUAUACGCCUGUCAGUGCCUACGACACCAGAGGCUAUCCCCCACCCGGCCAAGACAUGCGGGAAGCGCAAAUGCGAGAACAGCAGCAGCAGUCCAUGUUACAGCAGCAGCUGA